AUGUCACACGCGGAAAUUGCCGAAACGAAAACUUUGGCCCGAAAGCGAAAGAAGAAAAGGAGAAAAUGCCUGCGUUACAUAGUACAAACCUUUUGCCCAGCAAGCGGUACUCCAUAUCGCUUGGUGCAGGGCCUCGGUCGUGUUCCUGAUGCUCCCCACGCCGUCAACGUGUCAUUCGUGACAGAGGGCAACGGCGUGGGGGUUUCAACAGAGCCCCCUGUCAGUGCUAAAAGCUUGUUUAUUAAGGAAAACAGCCGUCAGGCACAGCUGGACAACAACCGACCUGUAGAGGUGGAGACUAGAGCGACGGCCAACCUGAGCUUUACUGUUUACCUCUCAGGACAACACAAGGUCACCUGGGAAACCAUUCUGAAGAAUCGCAACUUGUACGUGGAAGUCCCCAACGGAAUUCUUCCGGAGGGCUCAAAGGAAAGCUUGAUCACUCUUCUUGAGUACGCAGAGGAGAAGCUUUGCUGUGAGCACGUCAUCCUCUGCUUUUGCAAGAGCAGAAAUGACCGAGCCUCCCUGAUCCGGACUUUCAUGUUCAUGGGAUUCGCAGUGGCUUGCCCUGGUGACCCUAUCGUUCCCAUGGUACCAGAGGUCAUGUACAUGGUGUACAGGAUUGACCCUGACGAUUUGGACGAUGACUAAUUAACGUUUUCCUUAAUCAAUAGAGCUUUUAGUAUUAUGGGCCACUUUUUGAACCUUUUCUCUUUGAUUUUGUUGAUUUUGAUUUUCAAAUCACUUUUUUUUUCUCAUAGUUGGUAGUAUUUUUGUUCACUCAAAUUUUUUUUUCAGGUUUAUUUUCAAAAAGAAGAAACACUGUUAAUUUUCGUGAAGCACAAAAAGUGUUGGUAACAAAUCUAAAAUAUUGAACUUCUUUUAUAUAAACUGUGAACAAAUAUUUUGUAUCAAACUUGUUGCCAUUAUUUACAUCGUUUGGAAAUAUUCUUUUUGUGUGGGUUUUUUUCUGACCUAGUGCUUGGUUUUGGGUUAUCUGAACAAAAUUUCAUCGCCUUACGAUCAAAUGACAUCAGAUGUUGGUCUUGUUUUGCAAUAACUUGUACAACAUUUCAUAUUUUGUGUGGAUUUUUUUUUAUUAAUUCAAUUUUUUUUUAGCACUUCUUAAAUGUCCUCUGUCAUGAAAUAGACAUGUAUUACAAAAAAAUGAGAAAAUGCAAAAAAAAAAAAAGAAAAAAUAUCUUUAAAAAGUUAAAAAAAAUAAAUAUAUGUAUUGUACUAUGUAACGCAGGUUCAUUCGUUAAUAUUUUUACAUUUUAAAAACUUUUUUUUUUUCAUUGUACGUAUUGUUUUGUGUAGAAACAUUUUUGCUUAGUGAUACACAUGUAAUUAUACAUGUACUUUGGACCAUUUAUUGUUAGUCGCAAUUUCAGCGUAUUGCACAUAUUUUCACUAUCUUGCAUGUUAAUGACCUCCAUGUAGCUAACAAUUUCAAAAUUCCCACUAAAAGAGUGUUUUUACUUGGUAUUUGUCAUUUUAAACUCUGAGUCUUUGUAUUACUGAGUCUAUGUAGAUAAUGGUUUGACUAUUGGUUGUUUUUCUCCCCGUUUUUGUGCAGAAAUGUUUCUAUAUAAAUCUAUUAUAAAAUAAAGAACAGUGAAAAAAAAAA